AUGAUACAAUUCCCGCACCUGAGCAAUGGCGAGAAUUCGCAGCAUGUUUUUGAUAAAGAUGCUGCGCGGACGGUGGUCAGCGAUGUGGCCCAGGAGAUCGAUCCGGUCGUUGAGAAACGGGUGGUGAGAAAGAUAGACUGGUACUUCAUGCCGGCAAUGCUGAUUGGCUAUGGUAUGGUGUAUUAUGAUAAGGCAAUUCUGGGGAGCGCUGCAUUAUUUGGCAUGACGACGGACUUGUCCUUGAAGAUUGUGGAUAAGUCGACCUCCCCGCCAACGGUCGACACCUCGCGUCUGAGCUGGGCUACCUCCAUUUUCUAUUUUGGGAUGCUCGCCGGGCUUUAUCCAAUGACCUUCAUCCUUCAGAGAUUCAACAUGCGCAGCGUCUUAGGCCCCGUAGUUCUUGUGUGGGCUAUUGUAUGUGCAGCCACCGCGGGCGUCACCUCUUGGAAGGGCUUGUUCGUUCAGCGAUUCUUUCUGGGUUUUAUUGAGAGUGUGAUUCCAACAGGGUUUGUGUCCAUUGUCAGUGGCUACUACACCCAAGAAGAGCAAGCUCUUCGCCAAGCUUGGUGGUUCUCGGGGACUGGAUGGUUCACCAUAAUCGGUGGCGCUUUGAACUAUGCGUUUGGUCAAAUAACCUCCGGGUCCUUGGCUAGAUGGCAAUACAUAUAUAUACUAGCCGGUGCUUUGACCUUUCUAUUUGGGUUGUGGUGUUGCACGCUGCCCAAUUCACCCGUCUCGGCAUGGUUCUUGAGCCCAGAAGAGCGCAUCGUGGCCGUCGAGCGAUUACGAAAAGGUCAAACGGGUGUUCGAUGCCAAAAGAUCAAGGGUGACCAGAUCAAGGAAUGCCUGACCGAUGUGAAGCUGUACCUGGUGGCUCUUAUGAUGGCCUCGGCAUAUACUAUCAAUGGCGCCAUCUCUGGCUUCGGACCCCUGAUCGUUUCCACCUUUGGAUACAACACACUGGACUCCAUCUUGUUCCAGUUCCCCGUGGGCGCAAUCUGCGUGAUAUUUAUCCCUCUUUGCGGAUUCAUCCCCACCGUUGUGCCCAAUUCGCGAAUUCCCAUGCUCAUCGCAUGCUGCCUCCCCGUCAUUGCUGGCUGUGUGAUGAUCUGGAAGUCCCAGUGGGGCUACCAUCCUGUCGUUCCCGUCGUCGGCUAUGCGCUGACUGGAUUCUUUGGACCUGUCGUGAGUUUAAUCAUCACUGUGGGGGCCAGUAAUGUGGCGGGCGCCACCAAGAAGACCGUUAUGGCAGCAACAAUCUUCGUGGCAUAUACUGUGGGAAACAUCAUCGGACCCCAGCUCGUCAAGAGUGAAACCAAAGAUCGUCAUUAUCCGGAGUUGUGGACGGGGAUGGUCAUCUGCUACUGUAUCGUCAUCGUGACAGCCGCAGUACUUUACGCCAUUCUUCUCCGCGAGAACCGUGCUCGAGAAUCCAUCGAGCUUGACGAAACCCAGCGCGACAAGCUCGCUUUCGACGACUUGACAGACAAGCAGAACCCGUUCUUCCGAUAUGUUCUCUGA